GGAGGGGAUGAUGAGGAUGAUGGAGAAGAUGGAGAUGAUGACGGAGGAGGGAGAAUUCAACUUUGACCUACUCAGCGUCUUGACGCACCUUCAAAGCAGCGUGGAUAUGAUGGAGGGCGGGGUCGGACGCAACGGGAUGCGGGAGGCUGGUACCUGGUCGCUAGGAUACGAGGAGAUGAUGAAGGGGAUGGGAGGAGGGAUGAUGGAGAGAGAAGGCAUGGAGGAGGAGGUUGAGGAGGAAGAACAUGAAAGGGAUGGCGGUAUGAUGAUGGGAGAGAAGGACAUGGAGAUGGAGCUUAUGAUGAAGGAGAUGAUGGAGCAUGGCAUGGGCAAGGAGGAGAUCAUGAAGAUGAUGAUGAUGAAACAAUGCAAGGGUGACAAAGGUGGUCCCUUGGUGGCACAGGUGAAAGGCCAAUGGUACCUGCUCGGAGUGACCAGCCUUCCCGUCGGGUGCCUUCAUCAAAGCUCUUCCGGUCUCUUCACCCAAGUGGACGUCCUAAAGGAAUGGAUCAUGCCAAUCUUCAACGGCAAGAUGCCCAAAGGAAAGGACUCGUAUUGCCGUAUCAGCGAGUUCUGCUGCGGCGAUGGAUGGUGUAUCCCUGAGGAACGCCGAUGUGACGGUAUCAUGGACUGUACUCUAGCAACGGACGAACACUUCUGUGAUGGUGCUCUGAAGGGCUACAACGUCUACUUCAACCAGGCCAUCGAACACGAGACCAUCGCCCACAACUUCACCGUCACCUCCAAGGCCCAGUGCGCUCUGGCUUGCCUCAAGGCACCCUUCCUCUGUCCCGGCUUCGACGUCUGGAUUGUGCCGGAGGGGAUGAUGAUGCCGGGUAUGCCAAGCAUGGAAGAUGCGAUGCCGGGAUUAAUGGGCGGCGAGGAGGAGAUGGAUGGGGACCACGACGACGAUAUGCCGAUGCCGCAAAUGAUCUGUGUGCUUGCUGAUACGAUGUCGAAGGUCCAUUACGUCAGUGCGUCGUUGGACAUAAGGCUGAAGAAGAGGAACGUGACGAUGUUGAUGGAUGAUGAUGUGGAUGAUGAUCAGAAGAUUAAUGUUCACUUCAAGCUGCCACGCAUGGCACCUUUCGCAGCUCUGUUGUCACCCUCCCUGAACCUGCGUUCCCAAAAGGGUCUGAUCGUCUCUCCAUCCUUCAUCCUGGGGGAGAACAUCUCCAAGCACAUUGGCGACCCCCACCUCGUCCUGAUGCUGGUGAAGAACGCCCUCAUCGAGAAACUGGUAGAGCUGGCCCACAAGGGGUGCUUCAUGCAUCACGAGCAGUGGCCGCAGAUCGAGGAACUGAAGAUGAAGCUCAAGCAUCUCGGUAUGGUUGCCAAGGAGAUGAAGCAUGAUAUGAUGAUGAUGAUGACCCCAAUGGAGGAGGAGAUGAACGAAGCGAUGAAGAUGGAGAUGAUGAACAUGGUGGCGGAGAUGAAGAAGAACAUGACGUGGGUGAAGGAGCACGUGUACGAGUUGCACAAAAACGCCUCCAUGUUGCUUAUGGAGGUCGGCAUGUCGUGUGACCUUCACAACAUCACCAACCACGUCCAUGAGAUGAUACACGGCAUCGUUUCUAAUUUCUCCUGCGUGAUGGGUGAUGGUAUGGGUGAUGGAAUGAAUGGUACAAGCAUGUUUGAGAUGCUGAUGAAGAAGAUUGGACUGUACAACAUGUACCACGCGGACAUGAUGGGAGGAAACAUGACGAUGGGCGGAGACAAUGGAACGAGUGCAGACAUGAAGAUGAGCAUGAUGAGCUACCUUAAAGAGAUGAUGACGGAAAGCGGAACCUUUCUUGGUGAUAUCUGGGGUAUCUUUGGCAACCACGACAUGAUGUCGAUGAUGAUGACGGAGAUGAUGGUGUCGUCUGAUGAGGGCAUGAUGCCAUCCGAAGACGGUAUGAUGUCGGAAGAUGAAGGCAUGAUGCCGGAGGAUGAGGACAUGAUGCCGGCGGGUGAGGGAGACAUGAAGAUGAACAUCACGGAGAUGAAACACAAGCUGGUGAUGAAGAUCAAGACGAUUGCAGCCAUACUGAUGAUGGGCAAAUGCAACAUGACAGGUUACUUUGAGAAGAUGGGUAUGGGCGAUAUGAUGGAUAUGAUGAUGGGCGGAGACACGAUGAUGGGCGGAGACACGAUGAUGGGCGGGGACACGAUGAUGGGCGGGGACAUGAUGAUGGGCGGAGAAAUGAUGGGCGGAGACGUGAUGGGAGGAGACGAGAUGAUGGGCGGCAACAUGACGAUGAAAAACUGGACGAAGGACCAUCACAUGAUGUUUGAGUUCAUCAUGAUGCUGAAGUCCUGGCCUAUGGGACACCACACAUGGUCCAUCCUCCAAUCUCCGCAUCGCGCCAACAACUUCCACCUCCGAGCCUUGGCUUCCAGGGGUCCCUACACCUGCGACAACGUGCCCUAUGACUUCGGGCUGCUGACGGCCAAAGGAGGAAAGCUCCCAGUGCCGGCGCUGAUCUCCGGCGAGAUCAUGAGGAAGAAGGCGAUGAUGAUGAGGAAGGCUGGUGAUGGAGAGAUGCCGGAGGAGAUGAAGAUGAUGAUGAAGGAGGGUUUGAUGCAUUACAUGGUGUCCAUGAUUCCGCCAGAGAUGAUGAUGAUGAUGAUGGAAGGAGAGGGAAUGGGUUACAUGGAGGAGAUGAUGGGUGACGUCAUGGGCAUGAUGCUUGAAAACAUGAUGGGCGGGGACAUGAUGAUGGGCGGAGACAUGAUGAUGGGCGGAGAUAUGAUGAUGGGCGGGGACACGAUGAUGGGCGGGGAUGGAAUGAUGGGAGGAGAAGAAAUGAAAAAGGAGAUACCGGAAGAAAUCAAAGAAAAACUUCACGCUGCGUUCGAAAAACUCUUCAAGUACAUGAAGAUGAACGAGGGCCAGGGAAUAGACAGAUGCAUUGGAGAACUGCACAAGAACCCAUCCAUUUGGUUUGCAGGAUCACACGCCCUCGUCACACAAUACUCAAACAAACCAGACCACCAUGGCGUCGUCAUGGAGUACUAUUCAGAUUACGCAUGCGACAAGACCAUCACAUCGGGACCCGGAGUUCUGACGUCACCCAUGUUCCCGUUCAAGUAUCCUAGCAACGUGGAAUGCAACCAGAAGAUUGUGGCGCCACCCGGUCACGUGGUCGCUCUCUUCAUGCUCCGCUUCAAGACCCAAUGGGACGCCCACUGCAUGCAUGAUAGUCUUUCUGUGUACGACUAUGAUGUUGAAUCAGACGAGUGGUCUAAGCUGGGUGAGAGGUCAUUCUGUGGAUCCAUGGUGCCUCACGUCUUCCGGUCCAGCGGUCAGAAGAUGCAUGUCAAGUUCGAGUCUGAUCACAGCACUGAGGACAUGGGCUUCAAGGCCGUCUACAUGUUCAUCCCAGAACACAAGAUGGACGAAUCGCUGAUGCCGAUGCCUACCAGUCCCACGGAUAGGACGAUGAUGGAUGAUCCCAAUGGGGUCGACGCCGAGAUGGUUAGACGCUUAAUGGCUCUCACUGAGCAGGCUGAGACCUACAAGAUCGCCAUGAUCGUCGUCGCCUGCGUCCUCGGCGCCGUGCUCAUCAUCAGUAUGGUCGUCAUGUAUCAUCACUACAACAACAAGAUCAAGAAGAUUUCAGAGAAGGACGUAAUGAACACCAAGUUUUAGACCGGUGUUUCUCGAUCAUAGCAUAUUGAAAGAGAAAGUUGUGACACAUUAUAUGCGCGGUCAAGGGUUAAUUCAUGGAACUCCGAAAAGAGCCUCAAAUGAAAUGAAUGACCAAUCAGGAGCAACGUCCGGUGACGUAACUAUCUCUUUCAACUAGCUACGAUGGUUUUUAAAUGGCGCCUCACUUGCGUGAACUUAAGAUAAAUGCAACUCAAUUAAAUGAAGAGUAAAUCGGAAAUAAGCGAUUCGGAUAAACGGAUAUUUUGCCUUUCGUGUCGCCUCGUAGUAUUAUUACUGUUGUUAUUAUCAUUAUUGUUACU